AUGGUGAAAUUGGACUUUGAUCUCGAGCGGGAUGUGCCUGAGCUCACAGGCAAGGUCGUCCUGAUAACUGGUGGCACAAAUGGGCUGGGUGCUGCUACAACGCAGAUGCUAGCAAGCCGAAACCCGGCCAAGAUCUACAUCACCGGCCGCAAUGAGUCGGCUGCACAGCAUGUCAUUGCUGCUAUUCAGUCAACCGGGUCAAAGACCGAGGUCAUCUGGCUUCGGUGCGAUCAUUCCGACCUGACAACCGUCAAGAAAGCUGCGCAGGAGAUUUCGAGAGAAUCCCGACUUGAUAUACUCAUGGCCAAUGCUGGUGUUAUGGCACUUCCUCCUGGUUUGACCAAGGACGGAUACGAGCUGCAUUUUGGUAUCAACCACCUUGCCCACGCCCUCCUCAUCCGCAUCCUACUCCCGCUCCUGCAAAAGACCGCCAAGGAACACGGAGAAGCGCGCAUUCUUCCCAUUUCCAGCCUGGCGCUUGUCCUUGCCCCCCGAAGCCACGGUAUCGUGUUCCAGGACCUCAAGACGACACAGGCGUACUGGAUCCUGGGUAAAUGGCAACGCUACGCUCAGAGCAAGCUGGCCAACCUUCUCUAUGGCCGUGAACUCGCUCGUCGUUACCCCGAAAUCCUGACAUUGAUCGUUGAUCCGGGACCUAGCAAUACUAGACUUGUUUCAAGUCUUGGAUUCCUAGAUAAAGCGAUCGUGUAUCUGGGCAACAUUAAUCGCUUCCUCGAUGAUGACCGGGGCCAUUGGAAUCAGGUUUGGACUGUCGGCGUACCAAAGGCUAGGGCGCAGCAGGGAGAGCUAUAUGAACCGGUGGGUAAACUCACAGACGGGUACACUCAUUGGUGCCUGGACGAGCAGCUCACAGCACGGCUAUGGGACUGGACUGAAGAGGAGCUUCGGCCCUGGUUGGUGUAG